AGUCAACUAUACGGUGUUGAAGUUCUCGUUCCAUUAAUUAUGUAUUACUAAUAAAACUACUUGUCGAUAUUAAUCGGUUUACCUGAGCGCACUUCUGUUUACAUCGUGCCUAACUGAUAACAAAAGAGCACAUAUAUGAGUACAGCAGAGGAAGGGACAGUUCCAGCUAUGGAGCUGGAGGGAGACGCAUCUAACACACUAACGGACAACCUCAAUACAAACACCAAUAAUAUAUCUGGCACAGAAGUACCAGAGAACAAAAAUGGAAACGCCAAGGUGCUGCAAAGACUUGAUACCGUACCAGAUAUAAAGAGAGACACAUCGGGUAUCACUACGCAGUGUAUCGCUGCUGGCAUAGUAAAUCUCGGAUCAUUUGCUGCCGGCGUGUGCACAGCGUGGUCUUCUUCAGCGUUGCAGUUGAUGACAAUUACGACAGAGACUCAUUUGGAUCGCGUAGCAGAGGCUACUAACGGUACACAUCCAAAAUUAAUGCUUACAUCAUCGGAGGCGUCGUGGGUAGCAUCGCUUCUUUGCCUUGGUGCACUUUGGGGAGCUGUUCCGACUGGAUUAAUAUCUGAGCACUUUGGCAGAAAGAAAACUCUAUUGUACCUCGCACUACCACUAGUGGUCUCAUGGAUCCUAGUUUCAUCCAGUCCAAACGUCUAUGGUCUUUACGUGGGACGGUUUGUGGGUGGUGUCGCGGUGGGUGCGUUUAGUGUUGGCAUACCGCCAUACAUAGAAGACAUCGCCGAAAAGCACCUGCUUCCAACAUUGGCUAAUUUUUACCACGUUCAUUUCGCCUGCGGUGUACUCUUUGGAUACAUAAUAGGUAUGGUCCAGAGUACGUCAUGGCUGUGCGUCUUAUGCGUCAGUAUACCUGUGGCGUUCUUCAUCGCGUUUAUUUUUCUGCCUGAAUCACCCACUUACCUGGUAUCCCAAGGCAAAUAUAGCGAGGCCAAGGCUGCAUUACGAUACUUUAGAGGGAUCGACAAUGAUAUUAAGUCUGAAAUGAAAUCAUUAAAAGAAUACGUUCUGAACUAUCGUAAAACUCGAGUCACUUUCAAGGAACUGUUUACCACUAGGACUUCUGUGAAAGCACUAAUUGUGUCAUUUGGACUCAUGGUCUUCCAACAGAUGAGCGGAAUAUACCCGGUGCUGUUUUACGCUGAAAAUAUUUUUAAAACGUUUUCAAUAUCAUUGAAUCCACCUGGAGCUGCAAUCAUCCUGGGCUUCUGUCUCGUAUCCUCGACAUAUUUCUCAACCAUGCUACUCAAGACGGUCCGUAGACGAGUACUGCUUAUACUGUCUUUCCUGUUCAUGGCUGUGAGUUUGGGCAUUUUAGGUAUUUACUAUCAUUUAAAAGCAUCUCGCUUAUCUUCUGAUAAUACAUGGGUACCUUUAUUUACUCUGUGCACAUUUGUAAGUGUAUACGCAGCUGGUGUCGGGCCAAUCCCAUGGCUGAUGUUGCGGGAAAUAUUCCCGUCAAAUGUUACAAGACGUGCCACAGCUAUAACUGCAGGAUUUCACUGGUUUCUUGCUUUCGGUGUAACAAAACUGUACCAGAAUUUGAUAGACAUGGUUCGACCGGGAUGGACCUUCUGGAACUUUGCUGUGACUUGCAUAAUAGGAGCCAUCUUCGUCUAUUUCUUCGUGCCGGAAACGAAAGACAAAACAUUGCAAGACAUACAAAAUGAAUUCAAUGGGAUUCAUAAAGGUAAAAAACAUCGACACGUUAUAGAGCUAGAGAGUAUCUCAGAAGCUUAAGAUAAGAGAAGAAGAAGAAGAAGAAGAUGUGAUGGGAUUUAUAAUGAAGAGUGGUUAUUUAAUAUGUAACUUAUAGAAUCAGUAUUUUUAUUCUGUCAAAUAUGAAAAAUAUGGCGUCCAGCCGGUUAAACCAAGAUGACUAUCUACAAUCGUACACGUUAAUAGAUUCUUUUUAACGUGGUAAAGUUAUACGGAAGCUAUAGUUCUGCUUGACCGGAGUAGGACUAAUCUAUCACAGAAAAAUUUAAAUAGGAACUUAAUGCUGUUGUGUUUCGUAUGGUUAGUGAACCAGACACCCUUUUUACUGGUAACGAUGCAUUUCAUCUUAGUACUUAGGAGUUACAACGCAUUUUGAUUUUUAAUCGAGAAAAGUUGUAGCUAUUUAUAGGUGGACUGUGUGCUCGUUUUUCAUCUUUUUGCGAAAAAAGUUAUAAUUUUCUCAGGGAUGAAUCCUAUCUAGAUAAACUGAAAAAAUAAAACAUUAUUUAAAUACUUGCAAAAUUUUAGCAAGUUAGAUAAAUAUGAGUAAAUGAAACGUUGAGAUAAAAGCCGUGCUAGCUGAGGGAUUAAGUGCUCGCCGCAAAUUUCGCAGAACACGAGCAGCCUGGGUUCAAUCCCGCCGGAACCAAUGAAAAUUGUUAGUUGCAAUUUUAAAUGCUUAUUUACCGCGUGCUCGAUGGUUAAGGAAAAUGUCGUGACGAAGUGAGUAGGUAUGUCUAAGAAAAAAAAAAAAUAGAAGAUAUGUGAAGUCCGCCAAUACGCAUUGGGGCAGCGCGGUAGACACUUCCUUGCCCUAAAUACAUUCAGAAAUGACAAGAGGCAUAUGCCUAGCAUUGGGAAGUAUAAUAGCUGUUCCUGAAUUUCUAUUAAUAGUUAUUAAUAAAUAUUCAUCAUUUAUAGUAAUAAUAAUUCUUUAUUGUUUAUUGAACACAGAAUUAAUAUCUAUUAUUCUAUAACUGAAUAAAUCUAUAUUAUUAUAUAAUUAGGUGACAAUGUCUAUUAAUUUUUUUUAUUGAUUAUACAUCAUUAAAUCACUGAUAGCAAACUUUAACGAAGUAAUGUUGAGAUAUGUCAGUUCCAUUUAUUUUUAUAGUUCUCUAUUAGCGUAAAAGAUUGUAGAAAGUACUUGGUUAACCCUGCAGCUGUUUCACGCAUACAAUUUUGAACAUUUACAAAUAUGUGUUUAAUAAUAGACUGUUGUUAUUAGUUUAUUUGUUGUAUAUUAAUUAAUUAUAUUAUUUAGUUAUUUAUUGUAAAAUUAAAGUAUAGCUAAUAUAUUAUAACAUGGAUAUUUUUGAGAAUAAAACAUUGCGAGUUUUAUGUC